AGCACAAUUUGGAAUCUCACAGUACCUCUUUUCAGGACACAUUAACAAGAAGAAGAGUUUGGUGUCUUUGCUAGUUAGAUUCCGAACCACUUCUCUUCUUCUUGUUCUCCCUCAACAACAUUUCUCUAUUUAAUUCUUCUUCUUCUUCAAUGUCUCAGCUAACAUUACUUAUCCCUCUAUCAUCCUUCUUCAUUUCCCAUUUCUUCAUUCAAGCUGUUGUUUCAACAACGUUUACAUUAACUAACAAAUGUGACUACACAGUAUGGCCGGGAAUUCUUUCCAACGCAGACGCCCCAGCGCUCUCCACAACUGGCUUUGCCCUUCAAAAUGGUGAGUCAAAAACCAUCACAGCACCAGCUUCAUGGGGUGGACGUUUCUGGGGCCGAACAUAUUGCUCUCAAGACUCCACAGGAAAAUUCUCUUGUGUUACAGGUGAUUGUGGCUCAGGAAAGCUAGAAUGUUCAGGCACUGGUGCAGCUCCUCCAGCUACGUUAGCAGAGUUCAAGCUUGACGGCUAUGGAGGGAUGGAUUAUUUUGAUGUGAGUCUUGUUGAUGGGUACAACUUGCCAUUGCUUGUUGUCCCUCAAGGAGGUUCUGGUCAGAAUUGUACAAGCACAGGAUGCGUUGUGGAUUUGAACGACUCGUGCCCUUCAGAGCUUAAGGUUACUAGUACGGAAGGGGAAAGCGUGGCCUGUAAAAGCGCUUGUGAAGCUUUUGGGUCUCCACAAUAUUGUUGCAAUGGAGCAUACAGUACACCUGAUACCUGCAGGCCUUCUACGUAUUCUGAGAUUUUUAAGAACGCUUGUCCACGCGCUUACAGCUAUGCUUACGAUGAUAAGACUAGUACCUUCACUUGUGCCUCCGCUGAUUACCAAAUUACCUUCUGCCCCUCCCCUAACACCAGCCAAAAAGCAUCACAAGGGCAGAACACUGAGAAUACAAGCACAAACAGCUACACACCACUCGUCAACAGUACAAUGGUGUAUGAAGGUGCGUUGAACCAGAAUGGAGCAUCACCAUCUAUGAACAGCAAGGCCUUAGGAUCACAUGUCAUUGCGGGAAUUGUCAGCUUAACAGUAGCCAUUUGGCAGUUGGGAUAGCUCUUCUAACUCUUCUUCGGGUAGUAGGCCCAUAAAUAAUAUAGUCCAGUCUAGUUUAGGCUCUUUAUCGGGCAUCAACUUACAAAAAUCGGCCAUCUAAAUUUUGACCCAAAUGAGGUCGUCGGUUCUUAUGGGGCGGACCCUUUAAGCUUUUUUUAGCAUGGUUCAUGUGACCCAGAGGUUUGACCAGGGUGACGUGGAGUUGUGCUGUGAUGGAAAAGCUCACCUGUCAAUCGAAGGCCGCUCCAUAAACAAGGAAAAAAAAUCUUCCGGAGAUCAAACACUAGAUACUGCUGUGCUGUCCGCCAGAGGCUGAGGAAAUGGUGGUGGGGCGGUGGUGGGGGCGGAAUGCAUGAAACCGAGCUGUUAAGUUGCAAUAGAAAUUUCCUUUUUUUUUAUUAGUUUAGGAAAUUAUUAUUUUUUUAUUAAAAGAGGGAUCGGAUUCAUUUGUUGGUUUCGAUAUUGUACGAGUUAUAUUAUGUAACCACUGCAUUUGGUGCCAAGAUUGUGAAAUUCUCAUCUAGCUAAUUUGAUGUU